AUUGAAAGAGCUGGUGUUUACGAACGUCUAUGAGAAAUGCCGCGAGACGACCCUAGUGCGCUUUACAAAGAUGCGUCCAAGGAACUGCUCCUAGAGUUCGUGAAACAUGCUGGCAAUCAUGGUUUCAGGGGCAGCAAAGGAGAAUGGGCUGAAUACACGAAGGCGAUUGGAACGGGCGCUCCGCCUAACAAGCGAACUAGGGAGGAACUUGAGGGGUUCGUCGCAAGCAUCUUCGAGGAGGGUGACGACGAUGCUGCUUCUGACGGCGACGGCCGCGAAGAGACAGACAACGCCCAGGAGGGACCCAAUGACGCUAAGAGCGAGGAUGGCAAGCCGGAGUCUGGUGGCAAAGCUAAGCGCCACCACAGCUGGGCAGAGUCCCGGGAGCUUGCGCGGUCCUACCUAAAGUGGCUAAAGACGAUACAUAAGGAAAAGGCCAAGGGCCUAGGCAUAUUGCCCCCUGUCGGGCCGCCUGCAAGCGAUGCCAAGCAGCAACAGGAGUCGCAGCCGCAGCAGCCGGAAUCGCAGCCGGAGGAACCGCAGCAGGAAUCACCGCAACAGCCACAACAGAAGAAACCACAGCAGCAGCAGCAACAAAAGCAACCGCAACAAGCACAGCAGGAGUUGCAGACGGGGCAGGUGUCGGUGUGGUCGCUAGUGCACAAGACGCAGCAGCACCCCAAGUACGUCAGCAGCUUCAAGAUGGCCUCCUACAGGCCGGACUGGGUCCGCACCAAGCGACGGCUGCUGGACGCCUCCCAGGUGCCGCAGCUGCUAGCGCUGGACUGCGAGAUGUGCGCCACGGAGGACGACCCGUCGGCGCUGCUGGGCGUGUGUGUGGUGGACGAGUGGGGGCGGGUGUUGUACCGGCAACUGGUGCGGCCGCCGGGAACCAUCACGGACCUGCGGACCAACCUCACGGGCGUCACGGAGGCGGACCUGGCCAACGUAACGCUUACCGCCAAGGACGCGCAACGGGCUGUACGACGGCUGCUGGAGGGUCGGGGCCUGGAGGGGCUGCCGGGCGCGGAGGCCGCCGCAGCCAGCAGCAGCCCCGCUGCGCAGCCUCACGAUCGGCCGGUGGUGCUGGUGGGGCAUGCGCUGCAGCAUGACCUGCUGGCGUUACGGAUCGACCAUGAGCCCGUCAUUGAUACGGCCAUGCUGUACUCGUACAGGAUCCUCACCUGCGUGCCCGGCCUCAAGGACCUGGCCAAGCAGCUGCUGGGGCUGGACAUGCGGUCGGGUGCGGGUGGCGUGCAUGACUCCAUGGAGGAUGCGGCGGUGGCCAUGCGGCUGGUGAUGCGUGAGCUCCAGAUGGCUCGUCUGACGUCGCAGUUGGAGCCGCCACAGGUGAAGGUACCGCUGGAGGAGCAGUCCAAGCUGUUCGUUCACGGGCUGCCCUCCGGAACCACGGAGAUGGCGGUGCGGGCGCUGUUCAGCAAGCGUGGUGACCUGCUGCGGAUUGAGGGCGACGUCAAGGAGAGGAAGGUGCACGCGGUGUUCAAGAGCUCGUAUCACGCCAACGAAAACUUCAAGGACCUGCCGGGUCAGCCCCAAAAGGACUCCACGGGGCGGUUUUUCAAGGAGGUACCUCUGGGCACCACGGGCGCUAUGUGCAAGGUGCGCAAGAUGGCUGCGCACGACGGCUGGUCGUUCUACGUGUCCACCGCCAUCCCCCGGUCGCUACGCGUCAGGCAGCCACACCCCCAGGGCUCGGGUAGGCCUGGCGGUAUCCGUGGUGGCAUGGGCGCGCGCGGACCGCAGCCUGGGUCUCGGGGGGGAGCGAGGCCGGCGGCGGCAAGGGAGCUGAAGAAGGAUGGCGAGGCGGGCGGUGAUGGGGAGCGGCAAGCGAAGCGGCAGAAGCGCGGACACGAGGGGGACCCGGUGAAGGUGGCGGGAACGGGCGCAAAGGAAGGGGGUGCUGCGGCAGCAGCGGGGGCUUCGGCGGCGGCUGGGGGUGCGGCAGCGGCUCCCAAGGUGAAGGUUGAAAAGGCCGGGGGUCAGGCCCAGAAGGAGGAGGGGCAGCCCAAGGCGCAAGCGGCGGCAGUGGACGGGACCGCAGCCGGCCCGGCGGCAGCUGCGACAGUGCCUGUGCCAGCGAAAGAGGCGAAGGAAAAGAAAGACAAGAAGCGGGAGAAGAAGGAGAAGGCGGAGAAGGAAGGUAAGGAGGAGCCCAGCAAGGGCACGAAGCGCGGAAGGGAGGAAGGCGCCGGCGGCGGUGAGGGUGGGGUCGAGGCUAGCGGCGACGCAGAAGGACGAAAGGAGGCCAAGAGGGCGAAGAAGGAGAAGGCGAAGAAGCGGGAGCGCGAGGAGGGGCAGGAGGCUGGGGGCAGGGCUGAGGUAGUCGAACAUGGGGAGGGGUCUACUAAGAAGGCCAAGAAGGUGAAGAAGGCGGAGUGAAAAAGGCGGUGAGAGCGUUUGCUGGUUGGAUGUUGGAGUUCUGCACAUGCCUGUGCGAGGAAGAUUUUAGUGUGGGGAAGGAAGCCCUAACGUUGCCGUUUUCUCUCGGCUAACAACUGCAGCAGGUUUGGCUGUUAUUUUGUAUAGGCAGUGUUGUCAAUAGGGAUAGGCAGUGUUUUGUAUAUGCAGUGUGGUGCGCAAUGCACAGGCGAUGGCCAGGAAUGGUCUUGCUUAACUGGCUUGUUAGGCGUGAUAGAGGAGACUGGCGGAGGACAGAAGGAAGAAGUUAGUUGAGUCAGCGUGUUGUUUGUUUUCCAUGUGCUGUCCCCAGAAGGGC